UCCUGACUAGCCCAGCCUAGGCAUAGCCCGUUUCCAAUUAUUCUGCUUCAAGGGUCUAUUAUAUUCAUUAACAUCAUGGAUAGGUCUAUUGUUGACCUAUUUAAAUAGGCUAUAGACAAAUACGAGAACGAGGCUAUUAUCGGUUAAUGUCCCACAAAAAGAGUAAGUAACUUUGACGUUAACUUCAAAAUUCGCAAAUAGCGCUCAACAAGGAAGUAAAAACGAAAGGCCAUCAAAAGAAUGCCAGACGAAGAAACAAUUAUCAGGGCGAGGACACUGACUGUCUGAUAUCAUGGAUCAGACUCCUCAGUCUCUCUAUGUCUCUCUGUCUCUCUCAGGGGGAGGACACUGACUGUCUGAUAUCAUGGAUCAGACUCCUCAGUCUCUCACUCCAGUCCAGCAUUCUGGUCCUUCGUCCUCCAUUACUCCUCAACCUGCCCCUACACCGUCCUCCAUCAUGGCUCAACCUGCUCAUCCACCGUCCUCCAUUAUGGCUCAGGGUGGUUCUGUUGUCGCUGCACCCCAACUUGUUGGCUGCAGUGUUGCAGGUUCAGUUUAUCAACACAUCAGUGUUACUAUACCUUCGCACGGUGCUGAUGAAGAUCUGCCAAAAGUCAAGGACAAACACAAGUCCAACAUGAAGAAGAAGUUUGGGAGCAUCUUUGAGGGGCUUGGAAAACGGGGAAACCCAACAUUGCUUGACAAGAUCUACACAGAGCUCUACAUCACAGCUGGAGAGAGUGAAGGGGUUAAUAAGGAGCAUGAGGUAUGGCAGAUUGAAGAUACGGCUCGGACCAAAGCAUUUCAAGACGAUGCAAUCAACUGCAAUGACAUCUUUAGAUCUUUAGACCCUAAGACAGAGGAACAUAAUGACAAAUCCCAAUCCAGACAAGAGGUACCCAUCAGAACUGUGCUGACAAAGGGCAUCGCUGGCAUCGGAAAAACUGUCUCAGUGCAGAAGUUCAUCCUUGACUGGGCAGAAGGAAUAGCCAAUCAGGAUGUAGAUUUUGUCUUCACACUUCCAUUUAGGGACUUGAAUUUGAUCAAAGAUGACUGCAAUCUCUUGAAACUCCUGAGUGACUUCCACCCUGAACUAACAGAUAUGCAGGACGCAAAAAAGGUGGUCAACGGUAAAGUUGUAUUCAUCUUUGAUGGCCUCGAUGAAAGCCAACUUCAAAUGUGUUUCCAUAACAACAAGAGGUUGUCUAAUGUAACUGAGAAAACAUCAGUGGACAAGCUGCUGACAAACCUCAUCAAGGGGAAUAUGCUUCCUGAAGCUCUCCUCUGGAUAACCUCCCGACCAGCAGCAGUUGAUAAGAUACCCUCUGACUGUUUUGACCGUGUCACUGAAGUUCGAGGAUUCAACGACCCACAGAAGGAAGAAUACUUCAAGAAGAGAUUCAGUGAUGAUGAGAACCUGGCCAGCAAAAUUAUCUCCCACAUAAAGACAUCAAGAAGCCUCCACAUCAUGUGCCACAUACCGGUCUUCUGUUGGAUUACUGCCAUGGUUCUUGGGAAAAUGUUGAGUGAAAAUGACCAUGGAAAACCCCCUAAAACUUUGACUGAGAUGUACAUACGCUUCCUACUCACCCUGACAAACAUGAAGAACAAGAAGUACCAUGGGGAAAACCAACCAGAUCCUCGUAAUCUGUCAGAGUCUGACGUACAGAUCAUUCUGAAACUUGGAAGGCUUGCCUUCCAAAACCUGGCAAAGAGCAAUUUGGUGUUUUCUGAAGACCAUUUGAGAGAGUGUGGCAUUGAUGCCAAUGAAGCCUUCUUGCUCUCAGGGAUGUGCACAGAGAUCUUCAGAGAGGAGGAUCCAAUGUUUCAAGCAAAGAUGUACAGCUUUGUGCAUCUCACCAUUCAAGAGUUCUUCGCAGCACUCUAUGUUGCUUACUCAUAUGCCAGUGAAAAUGUCAACCCAUUGAGUUUAAGAGACUGCCAAGAGUUACCAAGAACAAAUGACAGGGAUGAUGGCUACAGGGAUGAUGGCUACAGGAAUGAUAGCUGGAGCGAGGAUGAAGACUACAGGCCACAACACAGAGGUUCUGAGCAGCAGCAGAAAACAUUGCAUGACUUGCAGAGGAGUGUUGUGGAUAAAGCGUUGAGCAGCAAGACCGGUCACCUAGACCUCUUCCUCCGCUUCCUUCUGGGCAUCUCACUGGAGUCCAAUCAGAUCCUCUUGAAAAGCCUAAAGCUCCAGACAAAGGGAGACACAGAGAGCAUCCAGAAGACCAUUCAGUACAUCAAGGAUAGGCUUUCAGACGAAAAACAAAGACAAUAUCCCUCCCCAGAGAGGUGCAUCAAUCUCUUCCACUGUUUGAAUGAGUUGAACGAUACCUCAUUCGUGAGUGAAAUCCAAAGGUUCUUGACAUCCCAAAACCCUGAGAAGAAGCUGACGCCUGCACAGUGCUCGGCGAUGGCAUACGUACUCUUGAUGUCAGAGGAAGUGUUGGACAAACUGGACCUGAAAGUGUACAACACGUCAGAUGAGGGGCGUAAGAGGCUGGUCCCAGCUGUUCGAUGCUGCCGAAAGGCCAUGCUAGGAGGCUGCCGCCUUACAACGAGUUGCUGUGAAACGGUGGCAUCUGCACUACAGCUGCCCGACUCCCACCUGAGAGAGCUGGACCUCAGCGUUAAUGCCCUGUUGGACCUGAAGCCCCUUUCUGUUGGACUGAGGAGUCCCAACUGCCGACUGGAGUCACUUAACCUUAGUCAUAUCAACCUGGAAAGAUCCGGACCAGAACUUCUAAAGGCUGUGCUGAUCGGACCUCGCAACGAUCUACUUGUGUUGAGACUCACCGGGUGUGAUCUCAAAGAUGACAUUUGUGAAACCGUCGCCUCAGCUCUCCAGUCAGCUGGCUCAUGUCUGACAGAGCUGGACCUCAGCUACAACAAACUGACAGACACCGGGGUGGAGAGGAUCUCCACUGGGCUUAUGAGUCCACACUGUAAACUGAAGAUCCUGAGACUGACUGGUUGUGAGAUUACGGAGGAGUCCUGUGGAAGUUUGUCCUCUGCUAUAGCAGUCUCUCAGCUCGAGGAGCUGCGUCUGGGCUGCAACAAACUGGGAGACUCUGGAGUAAAGCUGCUGUCUGCUGGACUGAUGGAUCCACACUGUCAGAUACAGACUCUGGGGCUAAGGGAGUGUAAUCUCUCCAGACCUUCCUGUGUCUCUCUGGCUCCUGUACUGUGGUCAUACUCAGUCCUGAGAGAGCUGGACCUGAGAGACAACAACCUGUGGUACUCUGGAAUGAGGAUUCUCUCUGCUGGACUGAGGAACUCCAACUGUGCCUUACAGACUCUUAGGCUUUCUGGUUGUCUAGUCACAGAGAAAGGCUGUACGUUUCUUGCCUCCGCUCUGGAGUCAAACCCCUCCAACCUGAGAGAACUGGACCUGAGCUUCAAUCACCCAGGAGACUCCGGAGUAAAGCUGCUCUCUGAUAGACUGAAAAAUCCACACUGUAGCCUGGAGAAACUCAGUGUGGACCAUGGUGGAGAGUCCAGAAUCAAACCAGGCCUGAGGAAAUACGCCUGCCAGCUGCAGCUGGACGGUAUGUCAGCAGAUGGUGACCUGACUCUGUCCGAGGACAACACGAGGGUGGUGAGGAGAACGCAGGUUCACACAUAUCCUCAUUUUGAUUUCUCGGAUUCAGAUGACUCCGAUUACUCAGUUCGGCCCAAAAAGACGGAUAAGUGGGCCAAAGUACGCUGCAGGGAGCCCCUGUCUGAUGGUCGUUUCUACUGGCAGGUUGAAUGGACUGGCUGGGUUGACAUUGGGGUGACAUAUACACCCAGAUGGGAUAUUAAGAAGAGGUCUUGGGGGCUUUUCUGCUGCAAUGAACAGUACACAUUUAUUCAUAGUAACAGUUUCUCAGUUGUAUCAGUACCCAGACCGGACCCAAAGUGUAUAGGAGUGUAUCUUGACUUUCCGGCCGGCACUCUGUCCUUUUACAGCGUCUCCUCUGGUACACCGGCCCACCUGUACACAUUCCACACCACGUUCACUGAGCCCCUGUACCCUCAGUUCAAAAUCAUGUGUGAUGAGAUGGAGAUAUUUGGCUCAGUUCAAAUCCAAACUCUGUGAAUGAAAAGUAGCCGUCGUCAGAGUAACUGACAGACAGACACAUUUUGGAUUCAUUAUGUCUGUAUUUUUUACUACACCUUCACUCAGAGAGGAGGACAAUGAUGUUUUGAAUGAAAAGUAGCCGUCGUCAGAGUAACUGACAGACAGACACAUUUUGGAUUCAUUAUGUCUGUAUUUUUUACUACACCUUCACUCAGAGAGGAGGACAAUGAUGUUUUGAAUGAAAAGUAGCCGUCGUCAGAGUAACUGACAGACAGACACAUUUUGGAUUCAUUAUGUCUGUAUUUGUUACUACACCUUCACUCAGAGAGGAGGACAAUGAUGUUUUGAAUGAAAAGUAGCCGUCGUCAGAGUAACUGACAGACAGACACAUUUUGGAUUCAUUAUGUCUGUAUUUGUUACUACACCUUCACUCAGAGAGGAGGACAAUGAUGUUUUGAAUGAAAAGUAGCCGUCGUCAGAGUAACUGACAGACAGACACAUUUUGGAUUCAUUAUGUCUGUAUUUGUUACUACACCUUCACUCAGAGAGGAGGACAAUGAUGUUUUGAAUGAAAAGUAGCCGUCGUCAGAGUAACUGACAGACAGACACAUUUUGGAUUCAUUAUGUCUGUAUUUGUUACUACACCUUCACUCAGAGAGGAGGACAGUGAUGUUUUGAUUAGAAACCUUCUCUAUAAUAAACAUAUAAAUAGCUACCAUUCACACAUUGUUCGGCUUUGAGUGUGGAAAUGGUCUUUGGAA